AACCCGUCCCCGCGCCCCGAGGGGGCGGGCACCGGUGCGGGCGCGGCGGGGGCCUGGACUGCAGGGUGCGCCUAGCGGGGACUGCAGAAAACAUGGCCAAGUUUGCUCUGAAUCAGAACCUGCCCGACCUGGGGGGCCCUCGCCUGUGCCCGGGCCCCGCCGGGGGUGCCCGCAGCCCCAGCUCGCCCUACUCCGUGGAGACGCCCUACGGCUUUCACCUGGACCUGGACUUCCUCAAGUACGUGGACGAGCUGGAGCGCGGCCCGGUCAUCCGCCGGACCCCAGGCCCGUCACCCGCGCGCCGUCCCCGCGCUCCCCGGGCCGGCGUGGCGGGCGUGCGCAGUCCCGGCGCCUGGACGUCCAGCGAGUCCCUGGCCAGCGAUGACGGCGGCGGAGCGGCAGCGCCGGGCGCCCUGUCCCCGGGCGCGCCCUCGGGGGGCCUCCUGCUGCCCCCGCUGUCGCCGCGCGCGCCCGUGCGCAACCCGCGCGUCGAGCACACGCUCCUGGAGACCAGCCGACGGCUGGAGUUGGCACAGGCGCGGGCGCGGGAGCGCGCGCUCAGCCCGGCCCGAGGGGGCGGCUCCGGGGGGCUCAGCCCCGCGCCCGGGCCCGCCCCCCACCCCGCGCCGGCCUCGCCGGGCCCCGCGCAGCUGCAGCUGGUGCGGGAGCAGAUGGCCCUGGCACUGCGGCGCCUGCGUGAGCUCGAGGACCAGGCGCGCGCGCUGCCCGAGCUGCAGGAGCAGGUGCGCGUGUUGCGCGCCGAGAAGGCGCGGUUGCUGGCGGGCCGCGGGCCGCCGGCGGCGGAGCCCGACGGGGAGGCCGAGGCGCGCCCGGACAAGCUCGCCCGGCUCCGGCGGCUCACCGAGCGCUUGGCCACCUCGGAGCGCGGCGGCGGCCGCUCCCGGGCCAGCCCCCGGGCCGAGGGUCCCGAUGUGCCGGCCGCCGGGCGCAGCGAGGGCGCACUGCGGGGCCUCGACGGGGCGGACGACGGGGCCGCGGACCGGGCGCCCCCGGCGCGGGAGGCGGCCGUCCAGGCCGAGCCGGAGAGCCGAGAGGCCGGGGCGCAGGCGGUGUGGGAGACCCGGGAGGCCGGCGUGGAGGCGGUGCCCGACGCCGUCGAGGUGGACGCGUGGGUGACCGAGGCGUUGCUCGGGCUACCGGCCGGCGCCGAGCGCGAGCUGGAGCUGCUGCGGGGCCGCCUGCGGGAGCUCGAGGACACCCGCGCGGCGGUGGACGGGGAGCCCGACGCGGACGCCGGUGCCCAGCCGCGGGAGGCCGCCACGCAGACCCCGUGGGUCCAGGCCGAGAAGGCCACGCAGACCGAGUGCCCCGCGGAGGCCGCCGCCGCCGGGACCCCGGAGAACCCGCCCCGACCCCCCCGAUGCGGACAAGGCCGCCGCGGCGCCCCCGAUGUCCUUCUCCCCUCCCGGCCAGGCACCACCCUCAAAUCCAUCAUGAAGAAGAGAGACGGUACAGCGGGUGCCCAGCCCAGCUCCGGUCCCAAGAGCCUGCAGUUCGUGGGGGUCCUCAAUGGAGAGUACGAAAGCUCAUCCAGCGAGGAGGAGAGUGACAGUGGCAGCGACGAAGGCGCCCCCGAGGAGGCCGCCGGGAGGAGCAGUUCCUCGGGUUCGGGGGACGAGAGUGGCGGGGGAUGCAACCAGGACACCCCGGGGCCCGAGUCAGCAGCCGAGGCCGAGCCCCCAGCGGCUGAGCCAGGAGGGUGCGAGCUGAGUCCACGGCUGCGGGAGGCGUGCGCAGCGCUGCAGCGGCAGCUGAGCCGGCCACGAGGGGCCGCCCGCGAUAGUGGCGGCGCCGCGCGCCUGGUGGCUCAGGAGUGGUUUCGCGUGUCCAGCCAGCGGCGCUCGCGGCCGGAGGCGGUGGCCGGGGUGCUGAGCGCGGUGGCGCGCAUGGGCCCCGAGCUGCUGGCACACGUGGUGAACCUGGCAGACGGCAACGGGAACACGGCGCUGCACUACAGCGUGUCCCACGGGAACCUGACCAUCGCCAGCCUGCUGCUGGACACGGGGGUGUGUGACGUGGACCGGCAGAACCGGGCGGGCUACUCGGCCCUGAUGCUCUCGGCGCUGGCGUCCGGCGGCCGGGAGGAGGACGAGGCCGUGGUGCGCAGGCUCUUCGGCAUGGGGGACGUGAACGCCAAGGCCAGCCAGACGGGGCAGACGGCCCUGAUGCUGGCCAUCAGCCACGGCCGCCAGGACAUGGUGGCCGCGCUGCUGGCCUGCGGCGCGGACGUGAACGCGCAGGACGCGGACGGGGCCACCGCGCUGAUGUGCGCCAGCGAGUACGGCCGCCUGGACACCGUCCGCCUGCUGCUGGCCCAGCCGGGCUGCGACGCGGCCCUCCUGGACAACGAGGGCACCAGUGCCCUGGCCAUCGCCCUGGAGGCCGAACAGGAUGAAGUGGCCGCCCUGCUCCACGCCCACAUGAGCUCGGCCCAGCCGGGCGCCUCGCCACCUGCCGACUCUCCCACUGCGGAGCCUGGGGAAGAACACAGCGACCCCGGAGGAGAACCCCAGCCUCAGUGAAGCGGCCUGGCUCGCAGUUCCUGGAUGCGGGGGUGCAACAAAGAACUUUCCUCCAGGGGGGACCCUGUCCCAAGCCUU